CUCGCUGCAGGAGAUACAAGUUGAAGCUUUCCAUCUCUGCUGAUAUGGCUAGAUGCUGCUGUACAGAGAAAGGAGAUGACAUCUGAGGAGCGCAUGGAAACUGGAGAGACAACAACAUGCAGUUGAUCUUGGAUCCCGAGUAUACACGCGUUAAAGGCUUUCGCCAAUGAGUAUGAUGACGGGUUGAGAACGUGGUGUGGUAUUCUAACAAUAUUUCGCGUAGCACCUGGACGUUGUCAAGUUUCAAAGGUGUUAUUGCAUUGGUAAAAUGAUACGCGAAAUCGGAUAAAUUUACCUUACUUCCCGAAGUUGCGUGCAUGAGCUAAUGGAUAUCAUCUCUACGAAACGACCACGACCACGAACACGACAUCACGACCAUCACUAUCAGUAGAGUCUUCUCUGACGAAGUGCAGCUGAGUCGACAGAAUGCUGAUUGUAUCCUUUAUAGUCUUCUUCGGAACCAUCUUCUAUCUCACCCGCCGUCGCUCUGUCUACCUCCACGCUACCAACUCUGCAACACGAAUCCUCCCAUACUCUCCGAAUACCCUCAAUACCUUCGAUCUAUUCACAAUAAUCCUCGAUAGUCUUCUCAAAUACGUCCCUGGCCAAAGACCGUCACUCCAAAUCCACAAUGGUGGUUUCCUCCUUCCACGACUACACUUAGGUGGCAUUCUUCGGAUCCGCAAACAAGAUUUGAACAAUUUCAAUACAGCGCGCGGCAUCCGGUACAAUGCUGACAGUGACAUGAUUGAGCUGCAAACUACGAAUCCGAUGUUCCUGGUCGCAGCCACAACGCCAUUGUUGCUACUACUACUGAGCCAUGCCGAUUGCCCAAUUCAGCCUCUUGGAUCGGUGAACACAACGAACAAGUUCAACUUCGCAGACCUUGCAUUAUGUCGCGACGUAAGAGGGCUAUUGGCCGCAAGUAAAGCUGGGGAGCUCACAUUCACAGCGGUCAUGGGUGGGGAAGACCUGCUUGGCAAGAGAAAGAGACGAGGUGUCGAGUUUGAGAUUGUGAUUGAAGUCUGGAAGAAAGGCGCAUUAGUGCUGUCAGCGCAAAGUUCAUUCUUGCAAUUUUUGUCCAAGAACGUGAAGCCGCUUUACGCAGGUGGGAACGAAGCACGGGCUGAGCUUGUGAACUUGAAAGUAGACAAAGAUGUGUCUGUGAAGCUGCCUGCGAGUGCACCCAGGCACUGGGCAGCAUGCUCGAAAGACUACAAUCCUAUCCAUGUGUCCAACAUGCUGUCAAAGCUAUUCGGCUUCUCGUCUGUUGUGGCGCAUGGAAACCAUGUCGUGGCAUUGCUUGUCGAGAAUAUUGGUCGGACCGCCACAAGGCCGAGUGCCAGUAUGGAUCUACGCAAGUUAGGUGAGUUGCUUUGGGCGCAGGAGUCAAGUGUAAGCCUCGAUGUAUCAUUUGUCAAACCUGUGACACCUUUGCCUAUUGCACUGGAAACCAGGAUAAUGGGGACAGGGAAUGGAGUGGCCUUCGGCUUAUUCAAGAAGGACGUGUUAUGUGUGACAGGAAGUAUAUCGUGAUAUUCAAACAAUAUUGAGAAUGUAUCCACGUAAAUGAACCAGAUGGAGAAAAGAAGUGUCACAUGUCGACUUUGAAACUGGCGAUAGACCACAAUCAAGAAACAGACAACAGAGGGAAGUUUUAGAUCCCGGCAUGUUUCAGUGGUACUGAUAUCAAAACAGGGUCAACGUCGAACUGUUGCCUUUGCUACCUGCUGUUAAUCCGAGGCAAGAACACGG